CAACAAAUUUAGCAGAUAAAUUAAAACCUUUAAUUGGAGGUAUUAAUUAUGAAAUAAUAAAAGAAAAAUGUAAAGAAGCAUUAGAAGAAAUACAAGAUUUUUUAGAAUCAAUUCCUCAAGAUAUUGAUAAUUUAUUAAAAAAUUAA